UCGAGGUACUAAACGUGAAGCAGAUGAGGAGAAGGAUAAGGAUACUGUUUGUGGUUACAUACAUAAUGUAACCGAAUGUAGGAUCUCUUUAUAUAAAAGAGUAAAACUUUUCAAUGCAGUCAUCCAGACUGAUCGUGACGAAUUUCGGAACAUGGCCAUUUUCGCGGCCGAGAAGCACACGACCUUCAAGCAGGCUGAAAAAAAUAAAAGUCCCGUUAAGUUGUCAAAUGUCUCCAAACGAGUUAGUUCUCAGGGUGAAGGAUACGACGUGCAAUGUGGCAGGGCAACAGAAGUUAAUGUCGUUGAGCGUUUGCCGUUUAGUUUUAAGCAGCCCUUAGACAGCGGCAUUCGCAGUCUUGCUGAAGUAAAGGCUAUGGCUCCUAAGCAGCAGGUAAGCGCCGUUGUUGGCCGUGUAGUACAUGUCAGCCAAUGUACUGAAACUGUAGAGUUUCAGGGAGCAUCGAUUGAGGCACAGUCAUGCUAUCUUGAGGACACUUCAGGCACUAUCAAAAUUCAGUUGUGGGAAAGUUUGAUAGGGAAACUGGACUUUGGUCGCACCUACAAACUAACUAAUGUUAGUACUAGAGUCUUCGCUGGGAGUAUGUACCUGACGACCAGCCGAAGAACUGAAAUUCAGCAAGUGGCCCCUCUCCAUGGUCUAAAUGAUGUCAUUCAGUUCAGAGUAGACGAAGGUCAAGUUGUUGUCAUGGAAGGAAGCAUAACCUCAGUAGAGGUUGCUCUCUCACAUCGGUGCUCUCGGUGUAACGCUUGGCAGCAAGAUUUUGAGAAGAGAGGAAAAUUUCAUCGCUGUUUUCGCUGUAAGAGACUUCAACUUGUUGAAGCGUUCCAGCCAACAGUCAACGCUUCAGUGACUUUUGUUGGAGAGUUUGGCGAGAAGGAGUUGACUUUGCCGAACUCCGUUAUUAAAAGAUAUGUGCAGAAAGAGAGCCUGUCUGCUCUUUUAAACGAAGCACAGGAUUUGGAAGAGCAUUUAAUGACCAACAUGGCUUUCAGGAUGUCACUGCAAUGUGAUGUGGUGAUUGCUAUGGAGAGGGUUCCUGAGAGAAGUGUGGUGCAAGACACGCAUCCACAUGAACACAUUGAUGCAUCUGAUGAAGAACUGGUUGCAGUGGAUACUGUGGAUGUAGUGGUAGUUACAGACAGAGUGGAAGGCGUGAAUGCAGAACAUAAACCAGAGGAUGUUGAUGUCGAGGAUGUGGAAACACAUGGAUCUCUAGUAUAGUUGUUGAGUUAUAAUCAUUUGAAUUUUUUUGAUUGGGCUUUGUUGUUUUUGUAUGCUGGUUUGUAGUUAUGUUUGAUAAUUAUGCCAGUUGAGGUUAAUGUGAAAAUACUGUAGCCCUAGUGCAGUUGUGAAAGUGGUUUUGGCCAUUUUCAGUUUUUUUUUAUUUUUUGUUUAUUGAAUGUUUAAUGAUACUUGCUGUUUUAUCAUUUCUUUUUAGUUAAUGCUUAUACAAGUAAAACAAAGUAUUGCUUGAUUUAACUUUAAGUGAAACAUUCUGAUUUUAUUGACAAUACUUUUAAAAGUGUUUGUUUAAGUUGAG